ACGCGAAGGCGCUACUUCAGUGGUGCCGAAGAGCUGAUACGAGUGAGGACAUGGCAGACACGAACAACAUGGAAUCGAGCAAGGGCGACUCGGCGCACGUAUGGGUCAGGAUCAACCUGCCUUACUUCAGGACGACCCCCGGCAUGGUUAAGCUCCUGCAACUGUUGCUGGGUAUAAUCUGCAUGGCAUGCGCAUCGCCUGCACUCCUCACGGGGACCCACUGGUUUUUGUUUGUCGCUGUGAUGAGUUUCAUCUCUACCCUAUGCUGGGUUUUCAUCUACCUCCUUUCUAUAAAAGAAGCACUUACACUUCCCAUCAACUGGAUAUUAACUGAAGUCUUGAAUACUGGGAUAAUCACUGUGCUUUACUUCAUCGCCUUUAUUAUCCAACUGUCUGUCUGGUCUUCACGUGACUCGGUUAUCUACCGGUCGCCUAAUAUUGCAGCAGGGAUAUUUGGUCUUUUCAACGCUCUGGCAUAUGCGUUUGGAACGUACCUGUUAUACGCUGAAUGGAAAUCAUCUACCACUCCACAAUAAAAGCCUAUUUUAAACAAAAAUACAUAGGAGAUUAAGCAAAUAAUUUCUCAGCAUUGAGCUGAGCAUUUUUUUUUUCAAUGGCAACCGAUGCCAAAUUGUAAAAUAAACAUUUUAUCAUAUUUACUUACAGAUAUUUUUAUAAAAUUUCACACAAUUUAAUACAAAAGCAAUAUUUAAAAAUUAUUAUAUAUAUAUAUUUUUUUUUACAGUCAAAUGUUAAACAGUUUUUAACGCUGACAGACAAUAAAAUAUCAAAAUAUUGCCUUGUACCUUACUUUUAAUGGAAUUUCAUUUUUUGUAAUAUAGAAAAUUAAUUAUACUAAUUUAUUCAUCAAUUUAAAGAAAAGUCAGUAUUAAUUUAAAUUGUAUCUUAACAAACUGACUUGAUUUUUUUAAAAAUAGUUUUUGUUUAGUUCAAACAUCAAGUGAAUGUACAUAAUAGCUUAUAUUUGAUUAUUGUGUAAACGUACGUGUGUACCAUGAGUAUUCAGUAUCAUAUUAUCUAAAUGAUGUAUGCCUGCAAAUUAAUAUGUACUAUAUAACAUGUUGCAUGUAUGUGUUGUAAUUAAAAUAAUUUUUAUACUGUU